AAAUCCCUCAUGGCUGCAGGCCUUAGGGCCAGGCUGCUUCAGACUUCAGCAGCUGCAACUCAAGUUGCCAUGAGUAGAUUUGAACAAGACAAGUUUAUUAACUACGAAAUAUUGGAUGCAAACCUGAAGAUAGUGAAAGAUAGACUUCAAAGACCAUUGACCCUCAGUGAAAAGAUUGUUUAUGGCCAUCUUGACAACCCUAAGGAACAGGACAUUAAGCGUGGAGAAUCUUACUUGAAGCUCAGACCAGACCGUGUAGCUAUGCAAGAUGCUACUGCCCAAAUGGCUAUGCUACAGUUCAUCUCUAGCGGUCUUCCAAAAGUUGCUGUUCCAUCCACCAUCCAUUGUGAUCACUUGAUUGAAGCUCAGGUCGGUGGUGAACAGGAUCUCUCAAGAGCCAAGAACUUGAACAAGGAAGUGUACAAUUUCCUGGCCACGGCAGGUGCUAAGUAUGGUGUAGGUUUCUGGAAACCAGGCAGUGGUAUCAUCCAUCAGAUCAUCCUUGAGAACUACGCUUUCCCAGGUGUACUACUGAUUGGUACGGACAGUCACACUCCAAAUGGAGGGGGGUUAGGAGGUGUUUGUAUCGGAGUUGGAGGGGCUGAUGCUGUAGAUGUAAUGGCAGACAUACCAUGGGAACUCAAAUGCCCAAAUGUUAUUGGAGUGAAAUUGACCGGUAAACUCAGUGGCUGGACCUCACCUAAAGAUGUUAUCUUGAAGGUUGCAGGAAUCUUGACCGUCAAGGGCGGCACUGGAGCCAUCGUGGAGUACUUUGGACCUGGCGUUGACUCCAUUUCAUGCACAGGAAUGGGUACCAUCUGCAACAUGGGUGCCGAGAUCGGUGCUACCACGUCCAUGUUCCCUUUCAAUAGCAGAAUGAAGGAUUACCUUGUUGCUACCAAUAGAUCAGAAAUUGCUGGACUGGCUGAUCAAAACAAGCAUCUCUUGACGGCCGAUGAAGGAGCUCAGUAUGAUCAGGUCAUUGAAAUCAACCUUGAUGAGCUUGAACCCCUGAUCAAUGGACCAUUCACACCUGACCUUGCAAACCCUGUAUCAAAGGUUGGACAGGUGGCUGAGAAGGAAGGAUGGCCUCUUGAAGUCAAAGUUGGUCUGAUUGGUAGUUGUACAAACAGCAGCUACGAGGAUAUGAGCAGGGCAGCAAGCAUUGCCAGGCAGGCUUUGGAUAAUGGUGUCAAAUGCAAGGCAGCUUUCACAGUCACACCAGGCUCUGAGCAGAUCCGAGCUACCAUCGAGAGGGACGGUCAAGCGGCUACCCUCCGUGAGUUUGGUGGCAUCGUCCUCGCUAAUGCCUGCGGUCCUUGCAUUGGGCAGUGGGACAGGCAAGAUGUUAAGAAGGGAGAGAAGAACACUAUUGUCACAUCGUACAACCGUAACUUCACUGGACGUAAUGAUGCUAACCCUGCCACCCAUGCAUUCGUGGCUUCUCCUGAGGUAACGACAGCCCUGGCCCUUGCAGGUCGUCUUGACUUCAACCCUGAGGUAGAUGAGCUGGUAGGAGAUAAUGGGCAGAAGUUUAAACUCAAGAGCCCCUUUGGAGAUGAGUUACCAAACCAGGGCUUUGAUCCAGGCCAGGAUACGUUCCAGCCACCGCCUAGUGAUGGAUCGGGUGUGGCCGUUGAUGUAGACCCAGCUAGCAACCGUCUCGAGCUUCUCACUCCCUUUGACAAGUGGAAUGGACAGGAUCUUGAGGAUAUGGUUGUUCUUAUCAAGGUUCAAGGUAAAUGCACAACAGAUCACAUCAGCUCUGCAGGACCAUGGUUGAAGUACAGAGGACAUCUUGACAACAUCUCAGAUAAUCUUCUCAUCACAGCUACGAACAGUGAAAACGGAGCUAUGAACAGUGUGAGGAAUCAGUUGACUGGAGACUUUGGUGAAGUCCCAGCCACUGCAAGGGAUUACAAGGCCAAGAACACUCCCUGGGUUGUAUUUGGCGAUGAGAACUACGGAGAAGGUAGCAGCAGAGAGCAUGCUGCCCUAGAACCAAGGCAUCUUGGUGGUCGGGCCAUCAUCGUCAAAAGCUUUGCUCGUAUUCAUGAAACCAACUUGAAGAAGCAGGGCAUGCUUCCUCUGACAUUCUCCAAUGCUGCAGAUUAUGAUAAGGUCAGACCUGAUGACAGAGUAUCACUUAGAGGAUUGGCAUCAUUGGCUCCUGGAAAGCCUGUCGAGUGCGUAUUGAAGCACCAGGACGGUAGUUCAGAUACCAUCCUUCUUAGCCAUACUUAUAACGAGACACAGAUCGAGUGGUUCCAGGCAGGUAGCGCCCUCAAUAGGAUGAAAGAGGUCCAGUCGGCGUCAUAGCAAUUGACCAACUCUCUAAUUUCUCUCUGAAAAUAUCUUGAAUGUGUAUUAUCUAUAGAAAGCAAUUUAUUGACAGGUAUUGUAUAUUUUAUCCAUGAAACGCUUCACUAAGAAUGAAAAUGCAGUGCAAAUUUUGCAUAUGCCUUUUUUAAUUUGAAGGUUUUUUGUUAAGAAGGUGACUUCCUGAAGAAACAUAUCUAUCUAUUUUAUGCAUCAAAAGUGUUGUUUUUCAUACUGAAUUCAAUUAUUAGCAUUAUGCACUUAUGAUAUGAUCCUGGCUUAAGAGUUAGGUUUUUAACCUGUAUGCAUGCACAAAAUUCAAAGAUGUAUUUUUCAAUAGACAAAAAAUGUAAAUUAGAUUAUUAGAGAGAAACUGUAUUUGUAAUAAAGAACAGUAUUUUGAAAAAGUUAGUCUGCUUGCCAACUUCUCUUAUUUUGAAAAUAUGCAGAAAGUUCAGUGAUGCUGGCAAUCCAGCUUAUAUCUGUCAUUAUGUGGUAAGAUAUGUUUGCCUAGAUGUUACCUUGAUUUGCAUGAUUAUAUCAUAGAACAAUUAUGUCACAUCUUCAUCCCUUGAGAAACAGAAGGGUGUUACUCCCAUUAUUCUAUGCAGUGUUAAGGACCUUUUGACUCUGUUAUGGUUAUCUACCUGUACCGUCUUUGGCUCUUCGAGGAAGCCUAUCAGUUUGGACAGUGGUAUUGUGGAAGGUGAUCAUUGCAUUGGCUGAUAAUUACCCUCCUACUUGGGACCUAUAAUGAGUGUUUUAGCUCUUCGUCAGUUGAUUGGAAUUGAUUCACUUCUUGAAGAAUCAAAAGAAAACAAAGCAAUGAGGUCAACAUUAUUUGUAAUGUGAUGUGAAAGUGGGAUGAUGUGCUUUGGAGAGUACAUGGGAACGACAGACUAGUUCAUUAUAAUUUUGGAUAUGAUUUUAAGCAAAUCUAUGAUGCUUCGAUGAGAGCUUCUCAAAUGUUACCCAUCAGAUUGUACAUGAUGUUAGAUAAUGGUUUGGUAUGAAUCAAUGUAUUAGUGAUAGGUUCAGUUAGGAAUGUGUUUUUUUAGAAACUUCACAUAUUAUGGAAACCAUUGAAAGAACGUUUGUGAGGAAAACAUCUUUCAACAUUUCUGAAAACUCUUUAUAUUCCUUCUAACAUAGGACAUGCUUCAUGAAAUCUUAUUUAGCAGACAUCCACAGUAGUGCUAUAUCGAUUCUAUAACGCAUGCCUCUUGGGGGUUGCACAGAAAGUUAGCGUAUUAUGAUGGUUUUGUGAAACCUGUUCCUGGUCACUAUUCCUUCAAUCAUUCAUUGGUUUUUAUAACCUCACAGACCAUACUGAAUCACUGAUCCACUUAUUUAUCAUUGUUUGAUUAAUUGAUUGGCAGGGAUGUAGUGGAAGCCACAUUUUGGUGGCCUUGGUUUGCCUCAGACCGAGUCGCAUGUACAAUGUCAUUGGGAGAAUGUUUCAGGCCUCGUGAUUCACAAUGUACAGACUCGACUACAUCCUGUUGAUUGGUUGGCUGGUUUGCAGUUUCAUUUCUGAAUAAAAUGAAGAAAUAUAUGUAAUAUGUACAUUAUAAUCUGAAAUUUUUAUUUGAAUUGUCAGAGACGUUAUUUAUGGAAAGUACAGUGAACCAGCCAAUGUAUUUUGAAAAAUUUAGUUCAGAUUUCCCCCAUAUAGGGGAUUUCCGUAUUCAGAUGCUGGCCAUAAGUCCUGCCCAACCUAACCAAUUUGAUUACUUGGCCAUAUUCUUGAAGUUGUGACCAAGUACUCAUGUUUGUUUUUUGUGAUAGGGUUGGGGGGAAUUCCCUUUCUGACAGAAUGUUGAUGUUAUUGUGGAUGGGUUUACGACAUUGCUAUUUCACAAUGUAUGCAAGAAGUCUAUUAUGAGGUAUGAUGUGUGCAUAACAAUACAUUUGAAAUAUAAUGGACUCGGUCCCAAAAAUA